AGAUGGCAGAGAGGAAACCUGAUAGGAUCCGGAUCCUUCGGGAAGGUGUACCUGGGGAUGAACCUGGACUCGGGAGAAAUCUUUGUGGUCAAGCAGGUUAUGUUUCUGCAGAAAGACAAGCAGGAUGCCGAGGACGUUCUCCAGCUAGAAGCUGAGAUCGCCCUGCUGGGUACCCUCAACCACCCUAACAUUGUGAAAUACCUGGGGACUGAGAGAAACAACAUCACCAACGAGCUCUCCAUCUUCCUCGAGCACAUGCCAGGAGGCUCGGUUGCCGAGCUUGUCAGCCGUUUCGGAAAGCUGGAUGAAUCAGUCAUCCGCAAGUACACCAGAGAGGUGCUGGAGGGGCUGACGUACCUCCAUGACAAAGGGAUCAUCCAUAGAGACAUCAAGGGGCAGAACAUCCUUGUGGACAACCGCGGGGUUUGCAAGCUAGCGGACUUCGGUGCCUCAAGGUAUCUGCAGAGCGCUGACUCCGCCGCCAACCUCUCCUUCAAGGGAACUCCUGUCUUCAUGUCCCCUGAGGUGAUCAUGGAGCAGAGAUACUCCAAAAAGUCAGACAUAUGGAGCGUUGGCUGUACCGUCCUGCAGAUGGCGACGGGGAACCCUCCGUUCAGCGAGUUCAGCAACCACAUCGCAGCUCUGUUCCACAUCACAGCAUCUAGCGAGCCUCCUCCGAUCCCCGCUGAGCUCUCAGAAUCUGCCAGGGACUUCGUGUCCAGGUGCUUCAUCAGGGAUCCCAAGGAGCGUCCGUAUGCGCGGACUCUCCGCCGCCAUCCUUUC